AUGGCUCUGAGAGAAGGCGAUGGGGUAAAAUGUAGUUAUGGUAAAAUUGUGAAGGGCAAGCAGCGUGACCGAAAGACUCGCAACGCCAUCACUGAGAUCGUUACCCGGGAGUACACGAUCCACACGCACAAGAGGACCAAAGAAGUUGGAUCUAAGAAACGUGCUCCUCGAGCGAUCGAGAAUGAGGCAAAAAUCUGGUAUAACUUAAUGCUAAGCACAAAUUUCACUCCAGAUAUCACGUAA